UGCAUUUUGUAUGCAGAACAGCCGCUGCCCAAGCUCACUUCCUCUCAUAAAAGGCGCUUACUUGAAUUUUAGUGUAUUUUAAAUUUGUUCCACUCAAUAUGCUUCCCUAUGAUAUAACCGUUUCAAAUUCUUUAAUUCUUAAACCAUUGCCGUUCCCUGUUCUUACCCAUUCUGGUUUUGAUGUCCGCAGUCAUCAUAUAAGGACACACAAUCAAUAAAACCAUAGGGAGUAGAAAGCAUGUCGACAAUGUCAGGUGCUCCAGCCAUAAAAACAUUUACAUUGUCCAAAGAAAGCGAGCUGAGGAUUGAAGUGAGUUUGGAUGCACCCCUGCGCCUACAGCUUACCUCUGGCACAGCUGAAAUAUUCGGCACUGAGCUUCCCCCUCAGUAUUGGGUCACUUUUCCUCCUACCCACAAAUUUGCGAUUUUUACAUGGAAUGGUGCCACUGUGGAAAUAGAUGGUACUGCAGAAGUGUCAUAUGUUGCAGAUGAGACACCUAUGGUGAGCUAUGUUAACGUGCAUGCUGUGCUGGACCGUCGUAGAGCUCGGGCUAAAGAACAAUUGAUGUCUAGUUCUUCAGACUCACAGGGACCAAGAGUUAUUGUUGUUGGGCCCACUGAUUCUGGAAAAAGUUCUUUGUCAAAGAUGUUACUUAGCUGGGCGGCAAGGUUGAGCUGGAAACCAACAUUUGUGGAUCUUGACAUUGGGCAAGGAUCAAUAUCCAUUCCUGGAACCAUUUCUGCGACUCCCAUUGAAAUGCCAAUUGAUCCAGUUGAAGGAAUACCUCUAGAGAUGCCUAUUGUCUACUUUUAUGGGCACAAUCAACCAGGCGUGAACCCAGGUUUAUACAAAUUACUGGUGAAGGAACUUGCUAGAACUUUGGAUUUGCGGUUUGCUGCCAAUGCAGAUGCUAGAGCAGCAGGUAUGGUGAUCAAUACAAUGGGCUGGGUGGAAGGCCUUGGUUAUGAGUUGAUUCUACAUGCUAUUGAUACGCUCAGGGCAGAUGUGGUGCUGGUUAUUGGACAGGAAAAACUUUAUAGCAUGCUGAAAGAUAUGCUGAAUGGAAAACCCAAUAUAGACAUUGUCAAGCUCCACAAAUCAGGGGGAGUAGUUUCAAGGAGUCCUAAGUAUCGCAGUCGAAUGCGGGAGUUCAGGACACGGGAGUACUUCUAUGGCCCCAGUAAUGACUUGUCCCCUCAUUCCAGUGUUGCAAGUUUCAGUGAUUUACAUAUAUAUCGAAUUGGUGGAGGUCCUCAAGCACCACGUUCUGCCCUUCCAAUUGGUGCAGAACCAUCAGCAGAUCCUAACCGUGUUGUUCAGAUCACAAUAAACAGUGAUCUUCUGCAUGUUGUACUUGCUGUUUCUUAUGCCAAGGAGCCUGAUCAGCUACUCAGUAGCAAUGUUGCUGGAUUUAUCCAUAUAACAGAUGUUGAUGUACAGAGAAUGAAGAUUACUUAUGUUGCUCCUUGUCCUGGGGAGCUUCCUAGUAGGCUACUUUUGGCAGGGUCUCUGACUUGGAUGGAUGAAGCUGCUUAUCGUGCUGGAUCAUAGUUUGUCUGGAUUAAAAUUUGGCAUCAUAUCCUUUUCAAGGGGCAGUAUCUCCAAAUUUGUCUUCAAACAUGGUGUGCGCAAGCCAGCCUCAUUUGAUUUUCCAUUUCUGAGAUGCACAAUAUUUGGUGGAUCUCAAUUUUAGAGGAAAAUGUUUUGGCCAAGGGUAUGCUAAAAAUGACCUAAAAAAUGAGUUCUGCUUGUACAACUAUAACAUCAUUAAAAGGUUCACCAGUCGUUCUAUUGAGGCUGAGCUAAAUAUCAAUAUUUGUAAUUUACAACUGGCCUGGGAUGAUUUUGAGGACCAAAGAGCUUCCGAUUCAGUCUGAUGGCUAAAUGUUAGCAAUACACUUUCUAAUGAUCUUUGGUGUAACAUAUGGCUGUUGUUGAAGAUGAAAAGAGCAUUGAGCUUGAUUAGGUGUGUUAUUUAGAUUUUUUAUGGUAAUUCAAUAGAUAACUCAUUAAUUACUGGCAUAUAUAUAUAUAAUACAUUAAUAUUUCAGUGUUUUAGAUCAAA